UUUGCGACGCUCGCGCACGCAACGUGUCCGGUGUGGUCAGCAUGUGUGCGAGAGCUCAUCCGAACUGGAAGGGUGUGUAAGAGAUGGAGACGCCUUGUAAAAGACCAAAGACUAUGGCGAGUUGUUGAUCUAACUGCAUGGAAAGGGGUGACAUCGCGCAUGCUGUGGGUUCUUCUACGCCAGUAUCUGGGCACUGGGCUCCGAUGCCUGCGGCUGCGUGGCUUGCUGCUCUCUGCUAGAGGUGGGGCCUUUCUCUCAGAGUCCUGGCUUAAGGCUUUGUCCUCCAGGUGCCCCCGUCUGCGUAGUCUUUCCCUGCUGCACGCAGACCUGAGAGGCUUGCACAGUUGCCAGCUCCUGCCCACAACACUGCAGGUCCUAGAGUUGCGUGGCUGCGAGCUACCACAGGGCUUUUUCACCCAGACCCCACUCAGUCCUGAGAAACAAGCUGGAAUGGCAUCAACUGCUGCUACUCAGCAACAGGGACGUGUUCAAACUGGGAAAGUGCCUGCCUCCACAUCAGGGAUUGCCAUUGAGACGAUGGUCCUUGACAACGUGCCCUCCUUCACAGACCAGCACCUGCAGAGUCUGGCGUCUUGGUUAAGGCUUAGCCGCCUAGAGCUCCGCAACGUCCUUCGUGUCACAGCGGAAGGCCUUAGGCGCAGUGCCGCCCAAGAAACUGACUCGGGCUUAAACGGGCUCUCCAGGCUCAAGUACCUGGAGAUAGGGCACUUUGGGCGACCGGGCGCCCAGCUGCAAAUGGCCUCCCUGGGGCUCGGAGUGGGCUGGCUGGGCCUAGAGGAACUAAGCCUUGGCGGUAAGGAGGUGGGACCAGGCCUGCUGUCCGCCAGCCGCCUGAGGGACCUGAAGCGCCUGCGCCUGAGAUGCUGCAAGCUGAGAGAGAUGCAGGUGCUACGUAGCUGCAGGACACUGCGGGACCUGCGCAGGUUGGAGUUCUGCGAGGUGUUCUUCCAGGUUUGCCCAAAGACACCAGAGAGAGAGGGGGAGGUGGAGAGGCAGGGAGAGGGUGAGGAGGGGAGGGAGGGUGGCACAGAUAGUUGUGAUGAUAAACUGGAAGAGAAUGACCCUGUGCCAAGUCUGCGCCGCUCACUUGCUGCUCUGCUGCCACAAUGUGCACUAGUGUUCACCAACUGCACCGUUACAAUAACCUCAGACUAGAUUGCAUACUGGAUCUGUUACACAUCUGGUCCCUUAUUCUACUAUUGUAAAACAUUCCUCUCAAUUCAGCCUGUUGCAAACUCAUGCUUUACCUUCAUUCACAUAUGUGUUUWAAAAAAAAUAUUUGAAAGCUGCAACAACAAUUUUAAACUCGCUUACAGCUAUGCUAUUGAACAAAGGGACAGUUAACAUUUCCUGUGACUCCCAUUAAACCAUUAUGAGAGGAAGCACCUGUUUGCUGUAUUCCCAUCCGCAAUGGAUAAGUUGUGGUUCCUCUUUUAGUCUAAAUGUGUGUAAGGAAGUGGUUAAACUUAAAAGCUUGUUUUAAAUGUACACCAGAGAGGCAUCGCAGCGACCAAUAAAUGAUGACUUCAAUCAUGUACUGUAAUGGACCUGCUACAGCCAUCGGAUGUCCAGCACUGCCAUCAGCCAUUGAGGGAAWUCUUCCUUUGAAAUCAUUGAAAGCUGCUGUACUGCUUGCGUUGCGUCUAAUGGCAAGCUCAAUAAUUGCAGAAGUUCCGUUCUCGGCAGCUGAUCUGUACAUCCAUUCUAUCUUGKGAAUGGAAAUAUUGAGGGAAGUAGAUUUUGGUUGGUUUCUGUGUAGCAGGUAGAACGUCACAUUGACGGCGAAAUAUAUAGAAACUGGGGGGGGGGGUUUAAAUAACAGCUUGGACAGUUAUCAGUACGUUGCGGGUAUUAUGCAAUUUCAAAACCAUUGCUGUUAAAAUUUGCUGUAGCCCACUAUAUGUUUUGCUAACUGGAAAAAUACACUUAUCCCCACUUGAGUUGUGUGAUUCUCCAAAGCAGUAUGUUAUCUUUAUUAAUUACGAGAAAGUAGAAAUGAAAACUGUUAACCUUUUUCAAUCAAGAAACUGUGGUAAAUAAAAAUGGCACAAUGUAUUUUA